AAUGUUUAACCUUAUCACUAACCAAACCAAGAAUCAUAUUCCCAAAUCAAAAUCCAUUUGGUGUGUUUUGCAAAGUGAGAGAGCCAACACAAACAGAGGAGAGGAGUUCUUCUGUUUUUGUACACAGUUAAGUGAAGAUGCAGGACAUGAAAGAUCAAAAUCCUCCACAAGGAUAUCCAGCUGCAGAAGAAGUCUCUGAACAACCAGGUCAAGACAAAAAGAAGAAGAAAUCACGGUUUUUCGAUACAAAGCAGAAAGGAGACAGAGGCUUCAUUGAAGGAUGUCUCUUUGCACUAUGCUGCUGCUGGAUUUGUGAAAUGUGUUUCUAAGGAAAUGAAGGAACACUACAGUGUGUGAAGCUUCUUCCCUCUUCUGUAUCUAAAGAAUGGCUUUCAUUAUCUAAUAUAUUACCUGAGAGAGAGAGACUUUCUAGACUAUCUGUGUGGUGUGUGUGUUUAUUGAAAGAAGGUUAUUGUACUAGUAGUAUGAAAAGGAUCAUCAUAUCUUCUGAGUUGGUAUAAGAUCAUCAUAUUUUACGGGU